UGUGUUUUCAUCGAAUUUACAGAGCGUAUCUGCCUGUAUAAAAGGAGAACCCUCGGGACUAGCAGCAUCAGCAGCUCUCCAGAGCUCAGAGGAAGAACAUCUUCCGAGUUUCAACAUUUUCUUCUCCAAAGAGACGAAAACGAAGAUCUUAGACAUCAUCAAAUUUCUAAUCAGUACAGAAUGAGGCGUACAAGGCACGUGGUCUUACCCGUGCGGUCCUGGCAGUACAUCGGCUUACUGCUAGUAUCACUGGCAUGCGUGACUUUCGGUUUGGUAGCUAGAGAUAGAGAAGGACAAGCAGGAAGUCUGACUGGUCCUGAACUCCUUCAUCGUGCUCCUCAUAACGUGGACGUUUGCCCGAAUUUGAAUCCAUUGGCAACAUCUUCGAUCUGUCUUGGUCUUUCGGAAAAACAAAAUCUCGCUUUGAAAAAUAAUGAAAGGAAAGAAAUCGGUUCCGAUAUCGUUCGAGUCGAGCGUAAAAAAUCGACCGAAUCGUGUAUCAAUAGGAACACACUUUUAGAAAGAAGGCAUAGAACGAUGAACGAACGUUCUUUCUAUCCAACAAAGAGACUGUCACGUUCUUUGGAACGAGUCGAUUCAAGGAUUGAAAACGUUCGAUUGUUUUAUCGUUAUUCGCCAAAUUCGGAAAUGACUCGAGAUGUAACGGAUCGUAGGAGAAAACUAUCAAGAAGAUCGUCCAAUGAUAGAUCUCGGUCUAUGGAACGUCGCGAGGAACAUGGAAUCAAACGAACAGACGGACAAAGAACUCUUGAUAAUCGUGAAUUGAAAGAACGAAGAGAACGAUUCGAAAUAGACACACGUAGAAAGUUCGAUUCUCGAGUUAUCGAAAAAAGAGAAAUCAGAGGACAUCAAAACAUUGAAAGUCGAACGAUCAGGGAGAAUGAAAGAAGUAUUCGAGAAAGGACUCAAGAUCGUAGAUCGAACUCUGUAGAAAGACAAGAAUUCAGAAGGGAAAAUAUGGAACGGCGUUUGAUAAAAGAACGAUAUGCUAACGAUCGUAGAAAUUCUCGAAUCGAUAGUUUGGACCGUCGAUCGAAUGUAGAUGCAGAACGUAGGAAUUCUCGAAUCAAUACUUUAAAUCGCGAACGUCGACUGAGCGUAAAUGAAGAACGUAGAAAUUCUCGAGCAAAUACUUUAAAUCGCGAACGUCGAUCGGAUGUAAGCGCAGAACGUAGAAAUUCUCGACUUGAUAUUCUUAAUAGACAACGUGGAUCAAGCCUAAUCACCGAACGUAGAAAUUCUCGACUUGAUACUUUUAAUCGCGAACGUCGAUCAAAUAUGGACGCAGAACGUAGAAAUUCUCGAUCCGAUACUUUAAAUCGCGAACGUCGAUUGGAUGUAAACGCAGAACGUAGAAAUUCGAGACUUAGUACUGUUAAUAACGAACGUGGAUCGAACUUAAGCGUAGAACGUAGAAAUUCCCGACUUGAUACUUUUAAUCGCGAACGUCGAUCGGAUGUAAAUGCAGAACGUAGAAAUUCUCGACUUGAUACUGUUAACAGCCAACGUGAAUCAAAUAUAAACGCAGAACGUAGAAAUUCUCGAGUCGAUACUUUAAAUCGCGAACGUCGAUUGGGUAACGUAGAAAUUCUCGACUUGAUACUGUUAAUAGACAACGUGAAUCAAGCCUAA